AUGACAGAAGAAAAUAGUAACUUUUUACGAAGAAAUUAAGCUCUAUUCAAUAGGGCGAAGUUAUGAUAUUACAACAUUGAAAAGCUAUGAUAUAAAUUCAAACAAGAAAGAUAAAAUUUUUAUAGAAACUCCAGAGCCUCUUGAUUCUGGAACAUCUAUAAUAUCACUCCCUGACUCCUCUUUAUUUUGCUUUGGGAAUUCAUAUCAAGAAUUUGGCACUACAUACAUCAUAAAUCCAGCAAGCGGCGCUUAUAUCCAGUUUUGCCAUGGUAAUCCUUGCUCUAAACCUGGAAUUGUUUUCCAUAAUGGUAAUAUCUAUGCUUUUGGAGGAGCAUGUAUUUUUGAGUAUUCUAAUUUUGCAGCUAAGUUUGAAAUGAAAAGUAGUCGAUGAAUCACAAUAUCUCCAAUCCCUGAAGCAUCACAUGAAAUAUCAUCAAUUUCUUAUAAUAAAAAGAUUAUAUUUUCAGGAUUUCGCCAUUCGAAAGUAUAUGAAUAUGAUGAAGAUCUGAACAGCUAUAGCAAAAUUUUGACAGUUUCAAAAUUUAUGUUCAAAAUUUUAAUUUAUGAAAGUUCAAGAAUUUACAUUUUUGAGGCAGAAAGGAGAGUUUUUGAAAGCGGUUUUAAUAUAGCCCAGGGCAGGAUUUAGCUCGCUCUGGGAUAGAAACUUUCACUGUAACUUGUGGAGAUAUCCGGGUCAAUAAGUUGCCAAACCAACUCCGUGAGUUAAUAGGUGAGCAUAUUUCUGCCAUUAUUCAACUCGUGGAAUUGGCUUGAUAACCUAUGGAGCCGAACCAACUCCAUGAAUUUCAGCAAAAGUUUCUAGCCCAGAUCAAGCUAAAUCCCGUCCUGGGCUAUAAUCCAUAUAUAUGAAAUACAAUUGGAAGUGCAAAUCUUGCAAAAGGAUAUAAAAUAUAUUCAAUUGAUUUUCAAGUAUUAACAUAUUUAUGUUUAAAUAUCCUCAAUAAGGAUAGAUUGUCCUAUUUUUGUUUUAGAUUUAACAAGGAAAAGAAGAAUUUUGAAAAAAUUUCCGAAUUUAAUGAUUAA